AGUCACAGUCCACCAACUCACCCUCCCACCCCAUCAAAAUUUCAAGAUACCACCACAGACAGACCCACAAAACUGAUCAAAAAAACACCAUGGAUUUCUCAGAACAAGACGUAGAUAUCUUCGGAGAAGACUACGAAAACGAACGACAAGACGGUGGGGCCCACUCAUCAUCGCCAUCAUCAUCGUCGUCCUCUUCUUCCUCCUCCUCUUCAUCGGCAGCAUCAUCGUCAUCGUCCUCCGCUUCUUCAUCCAACGGCGGAGCUUCAAGCAGCCCCAGUAGGAGCGUGAGCAGUGGAAAAGAGCAAGAACAAGAAGUAAUAGGAGUAGAGGAGAACGGCGAUGAAGAGGUAGAGAUUAACAGUAGAGACUUUCAUGGCUACCAAGAAGACGAUAGAGAUCUGUUUGGCUCUGAUAAUGAAGAUUACUGCAAAACCACUGCCAUUAGUCCUUUCUCUAUUCCUGUGUUGCCUGCUGUACGCAAUCCUAACAACCACAGUAGAGGUGGGCGUGGCCGUUGGCAAAAUGAUAGAGGAGGACCAGGCCUCCUUCCUCGACCUGGACCUUUUCCUCAGAGACAGAACUUUGGUUUUGGUUCUAAGUUUAUGAAUGGUCGUGAUGAACGUUUUGUUUCUGAACUAAAGCUUUCAAAGAGUGAAGAAACAUUAUCAAGAAAAUGUAUUAAUAUUCAGGAGGUAGGAGCUGCUUUCUCUUCUUGUAAUUUGAUCAAGCACUUUUUAGGUCUGAUAUAUUAAUGCAGUAAAGGGAGAUUUCCACCAAAUAUUGAUUUCCAUAUCUCC